AUGUCUCACUUUGCAAACCCUCUUUUAAAAAAUGUCAUCAUCAGAAGUCAAUUUGAUAGCAUCAAGAGGAAGCAAUGCCUACAAUAUCUGAAAGCCCUGAGAGCACUGCAAUAUGAUGGAUUUAAGACUGUGUAUUUGGGGGAAACUGAUAUCCCAGAAAGUCUAGCAACAGGGGCAGAUUUCAGUAAUGGAUAUUUCAUGCAGACUCCAAGUUGGUGUAUUGUGCAUGCUGGUGGCAGUCAGGGAUGGGUGCCUUGGAAAUACCGGAUGUUCCUAAGAGAUGAGCUAUGCAUCAAACAAGACAGUGGCCUCUUCUUUGAGUUCUGUGAUGUGACAAAGAAGGCCUAUGGAAAGUGUGCCAUCGUGGUCAAAGAGAGAAGGCAGCAGGAUGAGAUGAAGCCAAAGGAAGACAAAGAGGCUGAGGCUCAGUCUCCUGUCCCAGCAAGCAUUAAUUUAACAAGCAUCACGUGCUGUUCAGACGUGGCCAAGUCCUAUGGCCAUGAGCUACUGUCACUGCCUUCCCCUUAUAAUUACCUAAAUCCCUUAGACUCAGCCUGGUCUUCUGUGAAGUGGUUUAUCAUCAACAACAGGAAAGAGUUCUGUCUGCAGUCCAUUGAUAGUGUCUAUUCUUAUCAAUACAUACUUUUCAGUGAUUUAAUUAACAAAGGCAUUGAAAGGAUAAACCUAAGCAAGUGGAAAACACUAACUAACAAAGUACGGAGGUGGGAAAAUUAUUAUCUUGGGACGUUUUCUACAAGCGAUUCCUCCAACAAGCACAAGGUGGUCGGGGGUGGUGAAAGGCAUCAGAGCAGUGAAUCCUCAGCAGACUACCCGAGAGACCACACGGAGGUGCACGUCUCUGUUGCUGCGGGGAAAGCCUGUCCCACCUCAGUCAUUCCCGUGUUUUCUGGCAGCAGAGCACGGCUUCCCAAGGUCAGUCUUGGACCCCACAAGCACGUGCCAUACCCGCCUGUGUGUACCAUGAGAGGUACUGGCUACAGCAAUGAGCAAGCCCCUGGGCCUGGGGAGGAGGUUAUUGGGAAGGGUCCCAUAGGCCAGGACAUAACAAUCCAAGAACAGCCUGAAGAAGCAUGGCAAUACGAGGGCUCUGGGGAGGUCCAAAGCUGUCCUUACAUUAUCCAGGGUCUUAAGACCCCACCCUACCAAGGACCACUGCGGGCGAAGAGCAGAGAACGAGUCCUCUGUGACCCCCAGCAGCAGACAGUCAGGGUCGGUCUCUGCACUCUGGGCCCUCGAGGGAGCAACUCCACAUUAGAGCACGGUCAGGCCCAAGGCACGUGGAGUUCUCUGAAUGAUCACACCCGCUGA